UCCUGUUUUCCCAACUCUCUGUUCCAUAUUUUUCUCCCAUACCAAAGACUGACAUUUUCUGAGGUCAAACUUACUGUUUGAAAUGACUGGCAUUCUUUUACAAGGUCUAUGAUGUGGCUUUUUAUGGCAGUGGCAUGCUUAAUCCAGCAGACUACACAUUCAGAAGAAUUCACAAGCAAGAGACAUUUGAAUCCUCAAGGGUUCAUGACUAUCAAUGAAAUCAUUCAACAUUGGGGGUACCCAUAUGAAGAAUACGAGAUUCUUACAGCUGAUGGCUAUUACCUUCAGGCAAACAGAAUUCCUUAUGGAAUGCACAGUCCUGAGAAAUCAGGAGCUAGACCAGUGGUGUUAUUGGUACCAGGUUUCUUGGUUGAGGGUAGGUGCUGGAUUGCAAAUCUUCCCAACAAUAGCCUGGGAUUUGUUCUAGCAGAUGCAGGCUAUGAUGUCUGGAUGAUAAACAACAGAGGGACCUCCUGGUCAAGAAGACACCAGACCCUUUCAAUUGACCAAGAAGAAUUUUGGGAUUUCAGUUUUCAUGAAAUGGGAAUGUAUGAUAUUCCAGCAGCCAUUAACUUUAUCCUACAGAAGACUCAACAAGAUGGAUUAUAUUAUGUUGGCCACUCCCAAGGUAGUGCAAUUGGUGUUAUUGCUUUUUCAGCCAUGCCACAGCUUGCUGAAAAAAUCAAGCUCUUCAUGGCCUUGGCUCCUGCCUACACACUUGCGGACACCAAGGGGGCCCUGAAAUUGCUUUUGUCACUUCCUGAUGGAUUAAUAAAAUAUAUAUGGGGCAAUAAAGAACUCCAGUUUUUUAGUAACAAGAUAAAAAAAUUAAAUGCCGAGUUGUGUAGCCAUCAAGGAAUAGACAAGCUUUGUCUCCAAGUAAUUUUCCUUGGUGCAGGUUUUAAUGAUGGAAACCUAAACAUGAGUCGGGCAGAUGUAUAUCUUGGAACCUAUCCUGAUUUUUCUUCUGUAAAAACAGUAGUCCACUGGGCCCAGGUUUUCAAAUCAAAAGAAUUUAAAUAUUUUAACUAUGGCCAUAAGAACCAAUUGGUGUACAACAUGACGAAGCCUCCAUCCUAUAAAAUAGAAGACAUGCCUGUUCCAACUGCUGUAUGGAGUGGUGGAAUGGACAUUCUCUCAGGCAAAAAGAACAUUGAGCAAUUGCUCCCUCGAAUCACUAAUUUAGUUUUCUAUAGGAAUAUAACUGAAUGGAAUCAUGCUGAUUUUAUUUGGGGUGUUGAUCCCCUAAAACACAUGUACCUGGAUAUGCUGCGACUCAUGCAGCAAUACAAAUAAAAAAAUUAUA